CCUAUUUGUCCCAAUAUUGUCUUUUUGGCUCUUUUUUGGUUUCUAUGCAUACCCCCACUUUUUUGAUAGUCUUUUCUCUGUUAUUUAGUUUUCUGGUUGCUUUUUGGAGUGCUUUGCGGAAAUAUGAAGAAGUAGUACUGUAUUUGCUGCACGCGUCGGGUAUUGCUGUUGGACUCGAUGAUGUCACGACUGUUUACUUUUCGACGCGUUUGGGGACGGCAAGGCAACCCUUUGCAUUUGGCCCAGGUGACCCGUUUUUUCGUUGCCCUAAGAUAUUCGCAAGGUUAUUCAACGACGAUAAAUAGCUGCAAGGCAUCCUUCUCGCCGCCUGAGCCCAUCGCAACCGUCAAACCUGAAAGCACUCGGGAACUCAGCAAAAAACUGGAAAGCAGGCAGUCAAUCCCAAUCCAUCCAUUCCACCCACAACCCAAAUUUCCCGGCACAAAAAUGUCCACGCGAACCGAACAAGUCCUCCAACGCAAAGCCGCGCUCGAAGCGCAAAAGCUCGCGGAAGCCUCCAAACACCUUCACCAGCACUCGCACGCGGUGGCCAACGCCUCGCAGCACCGCUCUGAACGCUCGCACCACGCCGCGGAAACGCUCUCCCACUCGGCCGAAAACCUCGCCCGCCGCGCAUCGCUCGAGGCCGAGAAGAUCGCGUCCACGAUCCAUGAACUGAACACCAAAUCCACCCACGCGUUGGAGGUGCAUGAGCAGCAUAAAGCCGAGGUUGCGCAGCACGCGGCGGAGACGGGGGUGCAUCCGGCGAGUCUGGAGGGCGUGCAGAGACGCGAGGCCGAGGAGGAGAAGAGGCGAGGGGCGUUGGAACGCGAGUUGAGGAGGAAGAGUGAGGUUGCCGAGCAGGUUAGGAGUGAGCGGUUGGAGGAGGUCAGGGAGAAGGCUAGGGCUUUUGAGGCGCCUUUUGAGCAUUAGCGCCUCCUGCAUGAGGGAUUUCCUUAUGCUGCGCGGCUCGCCCCUCCCGCGAGCGAUGAUGCGCUGUGCCACCUUUUUGGUACGGAAUUCGUUCUACC